AUGCACGAGUAUGUGAGCGUCUUGCAAUCAGGCUCGUUUGGCCGCAACUUGUGCGGCGGCAGCUUGAUCGCCACCAACGUCAUCCUGACUGCGGCCAGCUGCAAGGAUCAAAGCUUCGAUUACGUCUCGAUCGGAUCGGAUUCCGUCAACACCACGAGCGACGGCGAACGAAUCAAGGUCAAGGAGACAUUCAUCCACCCCAAGUACAACGCCAAGACCGGCUCGAACGACGUUGCCGUCAUGCUCCUCGAACGACACUCCAAGUUCACACCCGUGAAAGUCUCGUACGACGUUGUCGAGGCGGGUACCCCCACGAUAGUCCGUGGUUGGGGCACGCAACACGUGCAAUUCGCCGCCUUGUCGGAACUUCGUGACGUCACUGUUAGCAAUGACCAAUGCGCCAGGUGGAUGUCUCCCGAAAUCGCAAAUGAGAGCGUGGUGUGCGUGGGCGGCAAGGGGGGCAAAGAGGCGUGCCUACAAGGCCCUGGCUACCCUUUGACUGUGCAAGACAACGGGUCGGAGAAGAUGGUGGGUCUGGUCAGCCGGAGCACGGGGUGUACCGAAGUGAACACGCCGGUUGUUUACACUCGUCUCUCCAUGAUUCGUGACUUCGUCGAGCCGUUCGUGAACAAUACCGCGACGCCUUCGCCUUUGCCGCGCAAGCCUGUCACGCAAACGCCUAUCACGACCUCAGCUGCUCCCACGCUAUUGUAG